AAUUUGUUUAUUUAUUUUCUAGUUUUGAGGUUAUUUAAAAAGCACGCGCGGACAAUGGAAGUGUUUAAUAAUUGUCCAGGAUUUUGUCCAUCCUGCGGUUCCAUUUUACCUCCUCUUCAAGUAAAGGGCAAUGUCAUCUGUUACAAUUGCAAAGAGGAGCUUCUGCCCGAGGUAUAUAGCGGCGAAAAGUCAGAGUUUACCAUACAAUUCAACACAUACGAUCCCAGCAAAGUCUUCAAUAGGGCCAAGCGAGAAUCAGAAUCCUCGGAAGCAGAUGGCCCAGUGGUGGAGCGAAAGUGUCCCAAGUGUGGGAACGAUAAGAUGUCCUAUGCCACCCUUCAGCUACGUUCCGCCGAUGAGGGUCAAACGGUGUUCUUCACUUGCCUCAAGUGCAAAUACAAAGAAUCGGAGAAUUCUUAGUUGCUAACCACAUAGACUUAACGAUUAGUUGAAAUAAUCAUGCUCGACGGCCUGAAAAUAUAUAGAAAAUAGUUAUAAUACAA